CUGGAGCCGGGGCCUGGAGUUAGUGGAGCCGGGGCCUGGAGUUAGUGGAGCCGGGGCCUGGAGUUAGUGGAGCCGGGGCCUGGAGUAGCUGGAGCCGGGGCCUGGAGUAGCUGGAGCCGGGGCCUGGAGUAGCUGGAGCCGGGGCCUGGAGUUAGUGGAGCCGGGGCCUGGAGUUAGUGGAGCCGGGGCCUGGAGUUAGUGGAGCCGGGGCCUGGAGUUAGUGGAGCCGGGGCCUGGAGUUAGUGGAGCCGGGGCCUGGAGUUAGUGGAGCCGGGGCCUGGAGUUAGUGGAGCCGGGGCCUGGAGUUAGUGGGGCCGGGGCCUGGAGUUAGUGGAGCCGGGGCCUGGAGUAGCUGGAGCCGGGGCCUGGAGUAGCUGGAGCCGGGGCCUGGAGUUUUCGAGCCCGCCAGUCCCCGAGCCGCGGGCGGCGGAACUAAGUGUCGGGGGGGGGGGGGGAGGCGCGAACCCUGACCCCGGCCCCGCCCGCGGGAGCGCGCACGUGAUGACGACAGCGCCUGACCCCCCCCUGAGGACAGCAUGGCCGGUUCCGUGUUGGGUGGUGGUGAGUUGAUGACUGCGGCACAAGCUCUCUCCCAGCCAGCUGAGGCCUACGGCAACGAUGCAGGCCUUGAAAUGAUGUGGGCAAUGAAAGCUUAUCAACACGCUGAGAUUUAUUUUAACCUCAUCUCUUCCGUUGACCCACGCUACCUCAGACUGACAAAAGAAGAUGAUCUGAUCUACACGGAGUUCAAGAGACAAUUCAGCGAGAUGAGAGUCGAUGUUCUGGACCCAGAGAAGCUGAAGUCUGAGUCUGCCAAACUGGCCUGGCGUCCGUUCUGCAUGCAGUUUGAAACCUUGGUUGAAGACUUCAACUAUGGAACGCUGUUGCGAUUGGAUUCCUCAAAGGACUACCAGGAGGAAAACACCAUAUUCGCCACCAGGAUCCAAUUCUUUGCCAUAGAAAUAACUCGGAACCGGGAAGGUUACAACUUGCAGCUAUUUGAAAGAUCAGCAAAAUCAAAAGGAGACGGUGUCAAUGCACAGAAGGCAGAAGCUGUUGCUAAACUGGCUGAAGCAAAGGACUCUGCCCGUACGACGCUUGUUGGGGAGAGGGCCUCCUUGUCCACGUAGCCUGCGCUGGUUUGUCGAGGCCCAGGCAGUUCUGGUGUGCAACUAAACAUCCCUCAGGUGGAGAAAUCCCUACGUGCACAGGCAGAUCUAGCGGCCAAUGCAGCAUCCCGGCCCACCGCAGAACCUGGACUCGAGAAACUUGUAUCAUUCAGACAACAGGCAUCAAGAAUGCUCUUGAGGAUUGAAACAGUACAAUUGAUAGAUUUUCUUUUAAACAAGGACUCUGGGGGGGAAAAAUAGCUCAGCUGCAGAGUUGUCCACUUAAGAUGUAACAAAAAGCAAAGUUCUGGAGGAACUCUGCAAACCAGGGUGAGGGUACACAAAAAAGCUGGAGAAACUCAGCGGGUGCAGCAGCAUCUAUGGAGCGAAGGAAAUUUUCCAGCAUCUGCAGUUCCUUCUUGAACACAAAAUCUGUGAGGGAAUGGACAGGAGGCAUUUCAGGUCAGGACCCACCGUCAGUCCUGACCCCAAACAUCAUCCAUCCAUUCCCGCCACAGAUUAUGCCUGAUCUGCUGAGCUCCUCUGGUAUUUUACAGAUGCUGGAAUCUUGAGCAAACAGUCUUUUGUGUCUCCGCUCUUAAGAUGCACCCGCCUGAAGAAGUGGUCCAACAUUAUCGAGACCUGCCUGCUCCCCUCCAGCCCACCUGUCAGCUGACUCUCAGGAUGCAGACACUGAGCUUUCAGUACAAACCAUUGAAGUUUUAUUUGCAGACACAAUGCUUACACUAGAUGCAGCAAACAUUCUUACAUACCAACCAGCUACCUGAUCACGCAGCAAUUUGGAAACGUGUUUAGUCAGAACAUUCAGUUGUAAGGAACAAUAAAAAUAUAUAAUCCAUU